GAUAAACCCUCUUUCUCUCUCUCUCUUAUAAGUUAUAAAUCUUUCCUUUCUUUUUCCCAUUUUCUCUCUCUUGAAUAUUAUUUAAAGUAUACCAAAAACAAAAUCCAACACAGAUCUGACGCUUUACACUCUGCAAAAGUCACUUUCAAUAAAUAAACAAAAUAAUUCAAAAUUUUCUCUCUCUAGAAACCCUAACCCUACUUUAAUGCCAUUGUUGUAUUUUUCGAUGAUUCUGGUGUACAUAGAGAAAGAAAGUUUUAGGAGAGAGAAAGUAAAAAGUCAUUGAUUUCGUUGUCCACUUUCACAAGAUCUUCGAGGAAAUCAACUACUACUAGCUUUUUAUGUUUUUGAAUUCUUCUGUUAAUUUUACAGUUUUUUAUUUUUAUUUUUUAUUUUUUCUAUAAAGAGAAAUAAAUGCUGGCGUUUUUUUCGAUUUUCAAAAGCUUUAUUGUCGUUGAGAAACCAAAAUUCUUAUUACUUAAUUUUUCUUAAAAUGUCUUGUUUUUGUAUUUUUUCCAUAUUCUAGCUUCUCAAUCCACUAUUUAUUUUUUUGUUUUUAUGCUGAAUUUUCAUUUUCGAAAUACUUCCUUUUUUAGUUUUUUUUUCAAGCUAAUUUAGAGUAGAAUUUGUUUUUUAAUUCCUAAAAUAGUAAUAAUUUGAUCGAUGUUGAAAUCUUGAUUGUUGUGGAGAAACCAAAUUAUUACCAAAAUCCGAUGAAAUUUGUUGAAAUUGAAGCUUAUUUGUAGUUGCUUGAGCUAAAAGUACACUUAAAAUUCUAGAUUUGAAGUAAUUUAGAAGAGAACAAACUAAUUAAUCAUAAAAUUGAGCUAAUUUUGAUUGAAAAUGGGAGCGGUGACAUCGACAAUGGCGGCGAAAUUUGCGUUCUUUCCACCGGACCCGGCGUCGUAUCGGGUGGAGGUGGAGGAAGGAACAGGGAAGCUGAAGAUGAGUGGUGGUGUGGUGGAGAGAGAAAAUGCAGAUGUUUUGAAGCUUUGUACAAAAAGAGGGAAUGAAAUUGUGGCAGUUUUUAUGAGAAAUCCUUUGGCAAAGCUUACUCUUCUCUACUCUCAUGGUAAUGCUGCUGAUUUAGGCCAGAUGUAUGAGCUUUUUGGAGAGCUCAGUAUUCACCUCAGAGUCAAUUUGAUGGGAUAUGAUUAUUCUGGUUAUGGACAGUCUACAGGCAAGCCGAGUGAGCAGAACACUUAUGCGGAUAUAGAAGCUGCAUAUAGAUGUCUUGUGGAAAGAUAUGGGGUGAAGGAGGAAGAUGUUAUAUUGUAUGGGCAAUCUGUUGGGAGUGGCCCUACUUUAGAUUUAGCUACUCGGUUACCAAAAUUAAGAGCUGUUGUUCUUCAUAGUCCAAUCAUGUCUGGCUUGCGGGUGAUGUAUCCAGUAAAGAGGACAUAUUGGUUUGACAUAUACAAGAAUAUUGACAAGAUACCAUUGGUCGGUUGCCCUGUUUUAGUAAUUCAUGGGACAGCUGAUGAUGUGGUCGACUGCUCUCAUGGUAAGCAACUGUGGGAGAAUUGUAAAGAAAAGUAUGAACCACUAUGGGUUAAAGGUGGAAAUCACUGUGACUUGGAGCUUUAUCCAGAGUACAUUAAGCAUCUUAAGAAGUUCAUAUCCAUAAUUGAAAAAUCACCACAUUUAAGAAGUGGAUCUGGAUUGAGCUCAGAUCGAUCAGAUCAUCCCCGCCGGAGCAGCACAGAUUGCCGAGAUAAUAAAUCAAGACCAAGUGCUGAUCAAAGAGAAAUGCCUAGAGAGAGUAUGGAGAAGAAAGAAAAACCCAGGAAAAGUUCAGAUCUAAGAGACAAGUCCAGAACCAGUACUGACAAGAGAGAGAAAUCAAGGAAGAGUACAGAUAUCCCUGAUAAAGCAAAUAACUCUAUUGAACGGCCUGAUAAAGCUCGGAACAGUGUUGAUAGAUUUGGAGGGAUGAUAAGAUCUGUAGGAUUCUGCAAUAUUGAUUGUUUCAAGCCUUCAGCCACAGGGUAAUUGAGAGGGGGAAGAGAACGGUCGACAAAUCGUGAUUGUAAUUUUAGUUUCCUUCAUAUAUAUGUUAGUGUUUUGGGGGUUUGGGAUUCAUUUUCCUCGUCUUUCAGAGAAAUAACGGGAACUGAAUGAUCAAGGCAGAUUGUGUACUGUAUGUCAGUUUUUUUUUCCUGUCAGGAUCACUGAAGUUCACCACGAUGUCUCCAUGUUCCAGUUGUGCAAAGCAAGAGCUGUUUGUCCGAUGCUCUUGUUAUUCAUGUAAAUAUACUAAUUGAACAUCAUUGUUCUAUAUAGUAAUUUAGAAAUUUCAGAUUCUCUGUCA